AGUAGCUUAAACAACCUAGCAAUCAUUAAAAUAAAGAAUAAGUUAAUAUUUAAUUUUAUAACUAUUAGUUUAAACCACGAAUACUUGAACUGAAUAAACCUUAGAAACAUCUUCAUAUUACAAAUUUAUUUACUCUUAGUUUAGUUGUUAACAUUUUAUCUACAGAAAUUACAAUGGCUGAUGAUGACUUCUGGAAUGAAAGUCAAGUAAAAAAGUCAGCUAAGAAAUUUAGCUUUGAUGACAGAGAAACCACAUGGGGAAGUGGUGGAGAAUCUACCAGUUUGCAGAUGUGUGGAAUAUCACUUGAUGGGACGGCUCAAUUAUUUCAGCAAGUUCAAGCAGGCCUUAAACAGGGAGAAUCGGAGAGCUCCUCAGUGUCUGAUUCAAAACGUUCCAACCAGCUUGAACUUCAUCAGCUGAUUUCAGAAAAAUCCUUAAAUAUAUUGAUGGAAGCAGAUUCUCCGCAGUUUAUUAACCUCAAGAGUGAUCUUGAUCCAGCAGAAGAGUUGAGAAUACUUCGCCGCAGAUAUGAAGAAAUGUGGGUGUCACCAGAUGCCAAAAAAACCGUUAGGAAAAUGAUGCUUAAAGAACCAUUUAUACUCGAGCUCUUCCGUUCACUGAAGGAUAAGAAGAAAUUACUUCAAGAAGCUAUUGAUUUAGGCGAUGGAGAUACUAUUCUGACUGUUGUAAUAUUUCUUUCAAGAACACUCAAGAAGACCUACUUCAACCAGAUUUUAUUAGAGAUGCCAGUAGCUGCUACUCACUAUGUUGCGUACCUCUCCACUCGCAUGAAGGUGUCUGAGCUAACUGAUCUCUUAGAGAUGUUGGGGAAAAACAAAGAUGCUUCGAUGAAGCAGUUUGAGAUUGCUUGUCAGAAUUCUCAAAGACAAAUGCAAAGGCUUGUGACCUGCUCCAAGAACCAUCUGUUUGAAGGAAGAGAUAGUCAGAUCCUGGAACAUUAUAUUAAGUUCCUUGAGUGGCAAGCAGAGGCGAAGAUCGGUGAGGAGUCUGUGGUGGACUGUUUGUUUACUCUAUGUGAGCUGCACUGGGGGGAGGCAAAGCCCCCUCUUUCCCCCCUCCUAUUCACCCAGCUGCAGGGAGUCUGCGACAAGCAGUAUCAGUGGACGGCCAUAACUGCAUUAGCCAAGCGUCAGGCCUGGCAGGACAUACAGACAUUCCUCAUGGCAAAAAGUUGGCUACGAGGACCAAAGUUGCGAGUGACGUUGCCUCUAGACCACAUCGUAGUGGCACUGCAUUCUAGUGGUGCGCCUGAAGACACCUUGUACACCUUCCUACAAUUAAUAGACAACGUAGACAAACGGCUGGUGCUGGCAAGACAGGUGGCGUGCGAUAAGGCUAUAAUACAGGCAUCAAUGAAUCUCCGAGACAAGCAGUCGUUGCCCAGUCUUCGAUCUUAGUUACCUUCAGGUUAGCUUAGCUGAACCUUUGACUGAUUUAAAGGUAUAAGAUAAUAUGUUAAUUUGCUUUAAAAAGCAGUCAACGCUCAAUUACCACUCUGGGAUCUAGAAGUUACCUCCGACAUGCUUGUACUACAAUGUUGUUUUGAUUGAAUGCUCGUCCAAGCAGGGUAACUGUACUGUGUUAACAUGUUUUUAUCUAUCCGUACUCAUUAUUUUUUCUUGGUUUAGUUUUUUGCUAUGCUCAAAAGAAAUUCCAGUUAUUCCAGUUUAAUAUUUUAAUAAGAUAAAAAAAUGGAAUAUUCAAAUGAUUUAAAAUACUAAAUUUGUAAAAAGUGUUAAUCCAAAAUAAUUUGCACACAAAGAAAUUAUUCAACAAAAAACCAUCAGAUUUUUUUUUUAAUCUGAUAUCUAUUGGCAAAUGUAAUAAGCUACCGUAAGUAACUACUUGAAUAUCUAGAAGGGAAAAUUCCAAAUAUCUGAAACAAAGCAUUAAGGCUAUAGUAAAAUGAUUGCUGACUGAUCAAAAACCCCAUCAUACCCAAUGUUAUGAAUGCCAGCGUAAAAUUAUUGAGGCUUGAGUAUACUUCUGUGUGUUGUAGCUUGUAUAUUUUGCAUAACAUAAUCAAUUUACAAGGGAAUUAUACAAAACAUGUAAUGUAUUGUUUUAAAACACUGUGAUAUUAUGAGGAAGAUACGUCUAUUUUAUAAUAAAUAUAUUUACUGUAUACACUA